AUGCCUCAAGAAGUACAAGGACAAACGGCUGUUGACGACACCAAGUUGGCGACAGUCACUUCAGCCACCACAAAUAAAAAUAAACCUGACAAAAAACAAACAAAGACCGACGAAAUUUCAAAAUCACUAAAGAGAACAGCACCUACCGACAUAACCGGACAAGGUGAUGCAAAACGUAAAGCAACUCAUAUUUCAAAAAAGCCAAUAGAAAAAUCUGAUGAUAGUUCCACUUUAAAAGGAUCCAACCCCAGCUCAAUUGCUGCAAGUGCCGCGGCUAUUUUGUCUGGCGUUCCUUCUACUAUUGCCCAAAAUGUAGCGGUUGAUUUAGCACAAGUAGCACCUAAACAUCUCACAACAGAAACUAUACCCGUUUCUACACCUUUAACAAUAGAUCCUUUGAACUCUCAGAUUGCAGUGGCGCCCUCAACUUCCAGCGAACAGUCUACAGUUUCCGAACACUCACCACCUAAUAUGGAAGAACUUUUGAAUAAUAAUCCCCAGACAUUGGCUCAAGUUCAACUUCAAUCACAAGAUGUCAAUUCUGGUGGCAAACGUACGUCUACCUCUCGUAAUCUUUCCAGUGACGAACGACGACAGCGACGACUUUUGCGUAAUAGAGUGGCAGCUAAAGAAUGUCGACGUAAGAAAAAAGCAUAUGUUGCAGAUCUUGAAGAAAAAGUUACACGUUUAGAGGAGGAAAAUAUUCGACUCCAUAAAGAAGUUGAGGAACUGAAUUCAAAGUUAGCUAUAAGUGCUGCACGAAUGGAUGAGAACGUUCGAUUGCGAAAAGAAAUAGAAGAGCUAAAUGCUAAAUUUGCAUUGCGUUCUGGCCAUAACGAUGUUAAAAAAGAGUCUAAAUCACCUAAAUCACUUUAA